UGGAAUUUGAAUUGCUAUGAUGGGAGUUGUAUUCUGGGGGUUUUAGGUAAUUCUCCCGAGUUGAGUCCUUGGCGGGGUUGUCGAGUUGUGAAAGUUUAAAUAACUGCUUGCCUUCCACUUGAAUCGAAAAGAGCCAUCCAAACAGCACACUCAAUUCAAUCUUAAACACAGUUGACAAUUCGAAAAUUGUAUCUUCAUUCUUAAACCACAGCUCAACAAACAACAAUGUCUUCCUUCAAGGGCUCCGUCAGCGUUACCCACAUCGGCACUGCCACUGCGCUUCUUCAGAUUGACAAUGUCACCUUUUUGACCGAUCCUCUCUUCGCUGCUGCUGGCACUGAAUGGGACCUCACUGUUGUCCAACUCAAGACGACCCAGGACCCCGCUAUCAAGCCUGAAGACCUCCCCGAGAUCGACGCUGUCCUCCUCAGCCACGAGGACCACCCCGAUAACCUUGACGAGGUUGGGCGAAAGGUCCUCGAAGGCAAGAAGGUCUUCACCACCAAAGACGGUGCGAAGAACAUUGGAGACAAGGCAAUUGUCACGGGCUUCAAUGCCGGUGACAGGGCCACCCUCGUUGCAGGAGGUAAAACGUUCGAGAUUAUCGCCACUCCUGCGGAGCACUUGCCGGGAGGCGAGUGUAUUGGCUUCCUUGUAACCUCGGCCGAUUUCGGAACAACCAAUGGCCUGCCUAAUGCCAUUUACUUCUCUGGCGACACCAUUUACAACCAAGAUGUUGCCAACAGCCUCAAGGGCUAUCACAUCAGCCUCGCUCUUCUCAAUCUUGGCAGAGCGGCUGUUGACGUGGGUGGACCUGAGCCUAUGCCGAUCACUUUGGAUGGUAAGCAGGCUUCGCAGCUUAUUUUGGAUGCCAACGUCGAGAAGGUUGUGCCCAUGCACUUUGAGGGAUGGGGCCACUUUAGCGAGGGCAGGGAGCCAGCCGAAAAGGCUUUUGCAGAGGCAGGCGUCAGCGAGAAGGUCUUCUGGUUGCCCCGUGGUGAGAAGAAGGUGUUUUUCUAAAAAAUCAAAUGGUAUUGAAGGUCCAGUGCGGCCCUGAAAACACGUCUUAAGAAUGCUGUAUCUAGUCUAUAUAUGAGCGUCAUUGGUGAUAGUAUAAGAAUGAAGUA